AUGGCUCAACGACAAACUUUCCAACAGGAAUACCAAUGUCUGCAGUCCAAGCAGCAGGUUCCUUCCUCAAGUUCAAUCCGAAACUUGAACCCUUUCCUCGAUGGCAAGGGGAUUCUACGGGCCUGUGGGCGUCUGAGGGCGUCCCACUCGCUGCGUUACGAUGAGAGUCAUCCAAUCAUCCUCUCGUAUUCCUCGUCCUUUGCACGACUACUGGUUCGUUUCACCCAUCGUAUAUCCUUACAUGGGGGUAACCAAGUCGUCAUGCGGCUGAUCCGUUCCAGAUUCUGGAUUCCAAAGUUGAAGGUCCUCGUUAAAUCCACCAUCAACUCCUGCAAGGUUUGCGUCAUCUACAAGAAGAGAUUGCAGACCCAAAUGAUGGGGGGACUUGCCCAAGGAAAGGGCGUCCUACUCGAGACCUUUCACGCACACUGGAGGUACGUCUGCGUCUUCGUGUGCUUCAGCACGAAGGCGAUCCACUUGGAGGCAACAUCGGAUCUCACGACGGAGAAAUUCCUGGCCGCAUUCUCCCGUUUCAUCGCACGGCGCGGGUGUCCACACCAAAUGUACUCGGACAACGGAAAAACCUUCGUUGGAGCUGACAAGGUGAUCUCCAACGACUUCUUGGAAGCGACGAGGGAGUGCAUCAUCGCACAGCAUGCCCACAAGAGCCUAUCCUGGCACUUCAACCCGCCGGGCGCCCCGCAUAUGGGUGGUUUAUGGGAAGCCGGCGUAAAGAGUUUUAAGGCACUCUUUUACAAGGCGACCUCCACCUCGAAAUAUACGUUCGAAGAGUUGUCCACUCUUCUCGCUAAGAUCGAAGCCUGCCUGAACUCGAGGCCGAUUUCCCCCCUAUUGUUGGAACCACCAAUUAACCAACCGGCCACCUCCAUCCUCAAUCGAUGGCAGCGACUGAAGGCUCUUCACCAACAAUUUUGUUUCCGUUGGAAAGAUGAGUACCUGAAGGAGCUGCACAAACGGACGAAAUGGCAAUCCCCUACCCGGAACCUUCGGAUCGGUGACAUGGUCGUCAUAAAGGAAGACAACCUCCCCUCUAACGAGUGGCGCCUAGGACGGGUGCUGACGACGUGUCCAGGCACCGACGCCAAGGUCCGAGUGGUAGUUGUGCUCACGGCGCGGGGUACCAUCCGAAGACCCGUUGCCAAACUUAUUCUACUCCCGAUGGACAGCAAGACUGACCCCUCCACGUCAGAAGGACUGAAGGACGAAUAA